GUCCUUGUAAAAUUCAUAGAUAUUGCAUCUCUUCCCCGCCCCUUUUUUUUUAUUUCAAUAAGCAUAAAUAGCAAUGUGUGUUGGGUAUUUACUAUUUUUGCUACAAUAUGUACUUCUUUUAAACAUUCUAUCCUUCUUCUAUAUCUUUUAUUUGAGUCAGGGUGAUAAUCGCAACCGCAUUACCAGACGCACCUUCAACCGCUAUUAUCGAAAAAGAGCUUUUGUGACUUUGAAAUGUUUUCGAAAAUGGAUCUUCUUUUUGCUGGUUGCUUAUUUAUUGUACUUGUUUUGCUUUAAAAAGUUUUUACUGUCGACAACGCAUAUCGUUUUUUCACUAUUUAAUACUGCUGCCACUGGUACUGCAACAUCGAUACCAACUACAACAUCCACCAGAUUCACUACGGCACGAUUUUUCGUUGAUUUCAUAUCAUGUCGAAACUUUUUCAAGAAACAUCGACAACGCACGGGCUUGCUUCUAUAUCUUUAACUCACGUCUAUUUCAAUCCGCAUGAUAAAUUAUCCUACUUAUUUGGUUAUAUAACAUUGGCACCUAUUGCUAUCCUUGUAUUUUAUGCCUCCGUCAUUGUCUCAAGGCGUGAAGUAGGGGGUAUACUUAUGCUAUCAGGACAAUUAUUGAACGAAGCACUCAAUUACAUCCUGAAAGAGACAAUAGAACAAGAAAGGCCACAUCUUCAUUUGGGUGAUGGUUAUGGUAUGCCGUCAAGUCAUUCCCAAUUCAUUUGGUAUUUUGCAGUUUACGGCUCCCUGUAUAUGCACAAAUUCAUUCAUCUGGAUCAUGGCAUUUAUAAAAUAAUAGUCAGUCUAGGGAUGUCUGCUUUAGCCAUCCUUGUAUCCAUUUCAAGGUAAAGGAAAAGCUAAACUGCGUAAGUGCUAUGUAUCGCUGAUUACAUACCACUACUAUGUACAGGAUCUACCUAGGUUACCACUCUAUUUAUCAAGUCUUUGCAGGUUCUGCUAUUGGUAUUUUGUUUGGUCUUUUUUGGUAUUAUGUGGUCGUUCAUAUAAUCCAUAAAUCAGGCAUUUUAGACGUCUUUCUAAAUACGACCAUUGCACAAAAGUUGUAUAUUCGAGAUAUGUCAUCUGUGCCAAAUAUAGCUCGUUUAGAGUACGAGCAAUAUCUCAAAUUGAAAAAGAGGUCUACUACUUUUACCACCGCAAAUAAUAAUGACCAUGAUAAAAAAGAUAACUGAACAAGAAAAAUCAACACGUGUAGGCACAGCACUGCAGAGGGAUCACGUUGAAGCUUUUUUUCCCUUGAAUUUUUUUUUAAUAAACGAUCCAAUCAGAG